UGGGGGUGGCGCCCCUGGGACGCAUGGCGAAGAGGGUACUGAGAUAUUGCCCAAAUCUGGUGGAACUCAGGAUGCCCGACGCCACCAUUAGAGCGAAGUUACUUGGGGACAUCAUCCGUAUGUGCCCGAUGAUAGAAAUCAUCGAGACGUGUGUGCUUGUAUGGGGUCAUGAUAUCGCUCCUACACCUAUUUAUAUCGAAGGAAAAUUUGUCGAAGACUCCCAAGGAAUCAGUGAAAAUGAUAACGCUGGAAGUGCUCCCAGCACAGAGCGCAGUAUUGACGAUAUUUUAAGAUCUCUUCUCUAUGAAGACCGGCUCUUACUUCAUUCAUUAUCAUACGAAAAGGAAAUUUUUAGACUCCUACGUCAGUGCCAAGAACGAUUUACUUCCUUGACAGUGGCGGUGAUCGUCGAGAAUCGUCGAUCUCCCAUUGCUAUAGCGCAGAAACCCGCCUGUGACCUGAAGUAUAUCUUAGGAGGUUUACGUGCAAUGCUCCCAAUGAUGAAGUUCAUCCAACUGCAAGCCAUGAUCAGAAAGACAAAGGUAUUUUUCAAGUUUACCUGACCAUUUAUCCGGAGGAUGAAAAACGCUAUCGCGACGGCAAUAUGUAUCGGUAACACAGAGUGAAUAUUUGUCGAUAACACCUAAGCCUCUAAGGAGUGAGGAAGUGUAAUUUCGAACUGCCCGACUUAUCUGCGUCUCAAGCCACGCAAACUGCCCGAUUUGUCUGCACAGCAUAACCGUGCAGACUGCCCCGUAAAACUACGCCCCAGGCCACGCACGACCAACGCUUCAAUGUACGCGACGGUGGUCCAUGAUCUGUCAGGAUUACCCAGUGGUUCCUCCUCCCGCCGGAGAUAAUAAAAUGUAAAUUUGUCAUAUCUUUUAUUAACUUUGUAAAAACAUUAAUA